GUCACCGCCAACACAAAACCACUAGAGCACCGGCGCUCAGUUCCUUCUCAGUCAGCUAGACCCUGCGACCAUUUGUUCAGAAGCUUUUCUUUACAAAUCAACCUCUCCGUUUUCAGAGAUAUAGAAGAAGGAUAUCUGGAGCAGGAGCGACAGAGAGAAACAGAAAUACUGUACAGACACAGAUACCAACUAAAACUACCUACGUGAACAAACUGAACUGCCAACAAGAUGUCUCUUGAAAGUGAGUGGCUGAGCAGUAGACUGAAGCUGUGUCUUCUAACCAGCUCCUCAGAUGAAGAUCAGAGGGCUCCAGGAGAUCGACAGAAUUCAGGAGCUGUGUAUCUUACCACACAGCCAGGUGUGACUCCCACCUACAACAGAACAUCUGUUCUCAACGCACUCAAUGCAUAUACCCAAGGAUUGAGCCAGGCCCUAGGCAUGGCUUCUGAGGAGCAGGGAGUGGAGACUGAUAACAUUCCCCAGCAGUCCGCAGAACCUGGGCACAGUUUGAUUUCCAGCUAUGCAGACUACAUGACGAGUGAUAUUAUGAGUGUCAUUAAAAGGCAAUUGGAACCAACUGCGAGCAGGAAUGCUGCAUUCGACUUGAGCCAACCCCUACCUGACUGCCAGUCUGCAUCCAUUGGUGGAACAGGUGUCAUGCACAAAGAAGGUGAUUUGCAUGUGUCUCCAAUGGAAUUAGAUGCAGGCACUACUCCCAGCACUGAUGAUAAUGGCUUCCUGGGUUUGGCUACUAAACUUUCCUCUAUUAUUAUUCAGGAAGCACAUGAAGAGAUUAAUAAGGGGCUAACUGUGAGCCAAGGCUCUUCCUCCCAGUGCACCAUUAGCACCUUAUCAGAAGGGAGGAAGAUUAGCGGCAUUCAAUCUGUUGCAGAGGAAUUUGCAUCAAAACUGAUACAGGAACUGGACUCUAUAUGCAUGGAGGAAUUAAGAGACACAAUAAUGACAUUGACCUCGAGGGGUCUUUUGGAAAUGGAUGGAAGUACAAUGAAUCAUGAAUCAUUUACCAGUGGGAGGUUCUCUGAAGAAGCUGGAUAUAUAAACUCAGUCAGAUCACCAGACACACCAAUGCCUUGCUGCACCAAGAACUGUUGCGGGAGAGAUCAGCAUUAUCAGUUUCCCAGCCCAGUGGUCUGCGAUCCCUCUUUAAGUGAGGUGGAAAAUCAGUACAGGUUUUUCAAUUCAUUUUUAAGAGAGUACGGGACAGGGGGCUCCAUCACAACAAGACAACACCAAGAGCCAUCCUGUUUUUCAGCUCCAGCAAAAUCUGUAUUCUCCAGCAAGAGUUCGCUGGACUAUCCUGAUGCUCCUCCGCCCACCCCCCUCGUGCCAGAGAAAGGUAAGAGCCGGAGCAGCUUCUCCAGGAAACUGAAAGGUGGCCUCGCCAAGGAGUUCCUCCCAUCUCCCCCUCCGCCAACCCCCAAGGAAGACUCUACUAGUUCUCCUAGGAAAGAGCAAGACACUGGGGAUAAGGCAGAGUUCAUGGCCAAACUCAUGAGAUCACUGUCUCUGGAGUAUUCAGAAAGAGAAAGGGAAGCAGAGCAAAGUAUUGGCCAGGCCAAGGAGGAUGGAAGGUCUCGGAGGCAUUCAAGUGAGAAUCAAGGAUUUCAACAGAUUUCAGUCUAUGCUAACCAGUUAGCUUUAUCUAUAAUGGGCUGGAGCGCAAAUGAAAAACUUUUAAAAGACCCGAAUGUGGAGACUGGGGACAGCUGUGUGGACAGCACUUCAACAAAAGGUAAUCUAGAAAACAUCCAGGAGCAGUCUCAGAUGCAGAGUGUGGCUCCCAUAAGAAUGACUCACAGCCCACUCAGCCCUGUGUCUGUCUACGCAGAGAGGAUAAGUCAAGAAAUAAGAGGGGAGGUUUUGGCAAUUCAAAGAGAAAUGUUGCUGGAAACCAAAGUCCCCCGAAAAGUCAAGGCAGCAGCAACAACAACUAAUGGGAUCCAGCCACAUUGUGAAGCGAAUCUCAGCCACAUGGCAGAAAGGCUUGCUGAAGAACUCAUUCAGGCCUCGUUUCAGAUGCUUGUGAUGCCCACAAAGGCUGGUCGGUGUCGGGUAUCAGGACAGGCAGAGGCAGGGGAACAGCUGUCCAGAACUGUCCCUCAUCCAGACCGACAUGUGAUGUUCAGCCAACAGUCGGUUGUUGUUGACGGGGGAGAUAAAGAAAUGCCAGACUCAUCAGUGGAGAAUGUAUCAACUAACCCACCUGCAUCAGGCAAAUGCUGUGUGCCAUACACUUGGGAGACCAAUAUUAACUUUGGUGCUUUCCAAAAUGCAGACCUGACCCAAUUUGCAGGGUUAUUGAUUAAAGAUGUCCUGCAGGAAGCUGUCAAACAACUCAAGGAAACCCCUUUUGACAAUGUAAAAGAUCAGUGCCCAUUCAGACCAACCAUGGUAGAGGAAAUAACAGAGAAGCUGAGUAGGAAGAUCUUGGCCUGUACCAUUCCUUCAGUGGUGGAACAAGAACACCACCAACUCCAUAGGAACCUCUAUGAAAGAGAGGGCACAUCUGCAGUUACCAUUUCUCAGCACACUGGAAGGACAGUCAAUGGAGGUUGUACACAGUCACAACAGCCAGAAGUGAUUGACUUCGAAAUGAUGAAUUGGCAUGGGUCAUAUGCCGAGGAUUUAGCUAAAGCUGUGCUGAAAGCUUCAUUGGAUGAAGCUGGCAAAUACUGUAGUGAUUUUUUUAAUAGCCCUAUUUUAAAGCCUGCCACUGGCACAAAAAAACCCACAACCUUCAGGUUCACACAUGUGAACUCAGGAGAAGAAAGUGGAUUCCCAAAUGGAAGGGCCUUAAAGGCAAACCAGCACACUGACCCUGAAGGAGCCUUCUCUGCAUCCGGGAAGCCAGGCCUCAGGCCAGUGGUGGCACAGCUGGAUGCUCACUGUGACAUUACCACACAGCAGCUGCAGGGAGUGCUCCAAUGGGCAGUAGCCUCUCAGUUAAACAUACCUGUGUUCCAGUGUAGGACCCCAGCAGAGGAUCUAAGAACACAGUUUUCUGGCCUGGCGAGGAGGGCGGUGGAGGGGGGCUGGACGGUGGGGGAUCUGGUGACGGCUCUGCUUCGCUACUGUGACCUGACAGAGCAGGCCGCAGCCAGGGGGCACAGUACACAGAGCUCUCUCCUGGACUGGCUGUGA